AUGGAUUAUUCUUACAAUGGAUCUGAAAGCAUGAUUUCAGUCGGUGAUGUUCCAAGUUCAUCAGAUAGAGUGCUGCGAUUAUUACACGAGAUUCGUGAUGAUAUUAGUGAACAAAAUGCAGUAAGGAAUGAACUAUGGGUAACAUUUCCUAGACAAGAGCAAGCUAUUAGUUAUCAAAAAGAACAUAGCAAUGUUUUUAUAUUUAGCUAUCAAGACCAUGUUAAUGGUCAGAGGAGGUUUGUUGUUUCAAGCUAUAAGGAGUUUUGGCGAAGGUACAAGAACAUGAAUCCCAAAUAUCGUCAUCAUUAUGAAGUUAUUCAGGAGGGAUUACCAUGCCACCUUUAUUUUGAUUUGGAAUUCAAUAAGAUCGAAAACUCAAACAACAAUGGUGAGGAAAUGGUUGAUAUACUGUUAUCACUUGUUUUUGAUUUCAUGAAUGAGAAGUAUUCUAUUGAAGGAGAUAAAGAGUUUGUUGUUGAACUUGAUUCGUCAACAGAAGAAAAAUUUUCUCGCCAUAUAAUCAUUUGUUUCCCUAACACUGCUUUUAAGAACAACCGACAUGCUGGUGCAUUUGUUGGUGAGAUUUGCUCAAGGAUACAAAAUGAAAGGGGAAGAGAUGGAAGAUUUGAAAAAUUGUUCAUAUUAAAAGAUAGGAACUCAUCUCAUGUGAAUAAAGAAGUUUUUAUUGAUAGAGCAGUGUAUUCCAGAAAUCGAUGCUUUCGCUUACCAUUGUCUUCAAAAGCACGAAAGACUUCUAUACUUUUACCUACUGGACGUUUUAAGUGCAGGUUAAUGAGUGAGGAAGAUAUGUUUAUGGCAUCUUUGAUCUGCAAAGUGGAUGUUGAUGUUCAAAAGAUUCUUAUAUGUGAAAAGGAUAUUGGUUGUUCAAACACUCUCCAAUUUGCUACACAGGUUCAUGUGAACUUCCAUAAAGAUUAUGGAGUCCCAAGAAAUCUUCUGUCAAAUUCUUGCAUAAUUGAUUCGUCAAGAAUAUUUCAGACAGGGAGAUCACUAUUUCCACUAUUGGAUAUGUUUGUAGAAUCUGUUGCCUCCUUAGGAAAUAUAUCAGGAAAAAUUCACAGUUGGCAUUGGUUUUCAGAGUAUGGUAUAAUGGUGUAUAAUAUGUCAAAAAAUAGAUACUGUGAGAGAAUUGGUAGACAACACAAAAGCAAUCAUGUUAUAUAUGUUGUUGAUCUAAGAAGAGCUAGUUAUUAUCAAAAAUGUCAUGAUCCAGAUUGCAGAGGUUAUCGCUCUCCACUACGUCCAGUUCCUGAAGAAAUUGUACCUGACACAACUGUAUUUUUUGAGGGUGUUAAGCGUCACAAAAUUUAUGAGAAUAAUGUUGAUAACAAGACGAUAGACAGUGUGGAUAGCUGCUUGAAAGAUGGUUGGUGGUUGGAAGCUGUAAAAUUUGCUGAAAAAGUUGAGAAAAAGACACUAGAUUUCGAUGUAGUAUCUUGAAUCAAAAUAUGUAUAGAAGCAAUACUUUUUGCUAAUGUAAAUAUGCUUGAAAUAGUAUGUAAAUAUUUG